GCUCUGUAAUAUUGUCGUGUUGCUACCUUUAUUCUUGUGCUACGUAAUUAUUCUCUGCCAAUUCCUACUCUCCAUUUUCUUUGAUUUACCUUUUUCUUUUUCCCCAGAUACUUCCAUUUAUCUAUUACAGAGAGAAACUAGCAAAUUUAGUUGAACUUCUCUCAAAAUUACAGUAAAUGAAAGGAUUGGAGGCUUGAACCAACUUCCAGUGUACAUUCUAUUUGAGAAUGCUAUAGAGGCCAUGCGCUUUCAAGAGAUUGAUUCUGAACCAUAUGUUUUUGCUCCUACCAUUAUGAAGGUAUUCUUUGAUACGUCCUUGAUCAAGAUUGAUUUGUUUUGGCUCUAUUUUGGGUGUUGCUCUUUAGCUUACUAUUGUUUCUACUUAGUCUUUAAUCAAGAUUAAAUUUUUUUUGCUCUAUCUGAUUUAUCCAAUAAAGUAUUUUUGCUGAAUUUGAUGUACAAGUCCAAUAUUUUCAUAUGAAAAUUCGUAAAAAAGAAAAAAGAGAAAAGUUGAUGCCUCCUUUACCAUUUCAACAAUUGAAUGAGAUGGGGGAUUUUUUCUCUAAUUUGAUUUGGUUGGUCAUUGGUAAAGGGUCUCUCUAUUUGGUAUUGAAUUGGCUGGUGUCAAUCUUGAACUGGACUUGAUAUCAAUCUUUUAUUUGGUAUUCCAUAGUGAUAUAAGAAAGUAUCCUCUUAUGACUUUGGAAUAGAAUUUGGACUCCAAAGGUCUCUUUGAAUUUUUUACUUUUCUCUUCACAUGUCAAAAUUAACAUCUUUCCCUGUUGUUAUGGAUAGAUAUGGAUCUCCACUGCUUUAUUUACAGCAGACAGACUGAAAAAAAAAGUAUCAUUGGUUUGAAGAGAGAGUUUAAGGAUGCAUCCUUUUCACUAUAAGACAUGCUUCUGCGCCUUCAUUAGUAGUCUAUCAUAUUUUUUGUUUGAAUUAAUUAAAUUAUUGAAUAUUGGAGUGAAAUUGGCCAAAAUAGAGAAUGAAUAAUAAGGCAUAGUUGAUGUUAUAGGGUCGGCUCGAUAAUUAAAAACAUUCAAGAGUCCCUCAAAUGCAUGCUUUUGGUUGUUAUAUACAGUUGUAAAAGUCAAGCAUGUUUCGUAGCGUUGAGUUUUGGAGAAGGUACAUUUUUGCAUAGUUGUCCCAGGAGAAAGAAUAUAACACUAGAAAUUUUGUAAAAGCAUGUUACUUAAUAUUUGCUAGAAAUAUUUCUAAAGCUACUUAUAUUAUGGGUUUUCCAAAUUAAAAGUAAAAUUUAACUCCUUAAUUUGAUAAUAGACAAACUGUUAUUUGAAAUAAGGCUCAAAUUCAGGUGAAAAAUUUAAAAAUGAGCUUGUAAUAAUAUACUUUUUGGACACACUAUUAUUAGGUAUUUUCUAAAUAUUCGAAGAAGUGUUAUCAGUUACCUUAUGAAAAAAAAUACUCGAACAAGUGCUUUUCCACUCUAAAAGCUCUUAUAUGCUGCAUUCCUAAAAGAUGCGAAGUGAGUCAAUAUGACUUUAGAUUAAAAAAUUUAUGUUACUAUUUUAUAGAAGCUUCUUAUAUAAUAGAGAGUUAUGAUACACGAGUCGUUCAUCAAAAUAAAGAUUUAUACACUUGCCUGGUUUGAGGUAACAGACUUAAAGGAUGGUUAGUCAAAACAGUUAAACGUUGCUUAAAAUUACUUCUUGUUCUCUUCAUUCUCCAAAUAUUGAUGUUAGUUUAAAGUUGAAAUCUUUGAAUACUUAGCUGUUACUCAGCAUUAAUGAAAUCAUUUUUACCUGUGUUUCUUAUAAUUUUCUAAUUUCAAUGUUAAUCAGUCAUCACCUAUAUUAGACAUUAGACAUGCUUUUUUUGGUGAGCACCAAAUUACUCUAUCAGUCAUUAGAAUGUUAUUUCAAAGGUUAUCUUCUUGCAAUACAAAACCAGCUUGCUCUGGAGAAAGAUAGGUACAAAAUUCAUCUAGCUUUUAUAGCUGCUCAAGAGAAUUCCUUGAUUGUAUCUGACAAUGAGCAGAGCAUGUUGGAUGCUUCCAGAGCUGGUGGAGACUUCCAUUUAAGGACUGCUACAAAUAUGUAUCCUCGCAUCCAUGAAGCCGUUGAAAAAGCUCAGCUACUUCCAAGAGGGAAAAUUCCGCUUCUUCAAAAGAACACGAAUUUUGUGCAAGAAGUUAGAUUUAUUGGAAUUUUCAUACAUGAUGCUUUUGCUCCUAAAAGAAAGAAGGCAAAAAUGCUCAAUUUUGUUGCUGCGUACGAGAGAACUACUGUUAGACUUGCCCCCAAAUAGAAGUAUAACUUUGUUCACGUUGGGACCGGGGCAAAGCCCGAGCUACCCCCACUAGUAUAACGAGAAAGAUCAGAUCACUUCACAGACAAUAAUAAACAAGAAUCAAGGUACAAAUACCAACAUAUGCUUAGCUGAACACCAGAAACAGUCUUAUAGCUUGAAAAUAUAGUCUAUAGAAAGGUAAAAGCUCAGAUUUGGGGUAAGGUUGUGUACAUAUCACCCUCCUUAGACCCCACAUGUGAAAAAUUACUGUGCUGUUAUUGUUGUAUUUGCGCUAUAAAUAUUCGAGUAAAGCUUGAAGAAAAUAUGGAAUGGAAACCCUAUGUGCAUUUGGUGGUUCA